CGAAAGUUAUCGUUUAUAAUAAAAAUCACGUUGUUGCUGAAUGGAUUUUGGUAAGAAGAUAUUGGGUAAAUACGGAUGGAAAGAAGGCGAUGGCUUAGGAAAGAAUAACAGUGGCAUAGCAGUCCCAUUAAAAGCUAGUCUAAAAUUUGACAAUGCCGGCCUGGGCGUUGAUCGCGCUACAGAAUUCAAUGAUCAUUGGUGGGAGCGCUGCUUCAACGAAGCGUCAUCAAAUCUGAACGUCCAGGUGGAAAAGAAUGGCCGGGUGAGCACAGCGCGCAAAGCUGGCCUAGAGGCUGUGGAAAUUUCGACCAAAGGGUACUCAGCUCGUAAACUGAAAAUAGCUAAAGAUCAGCAAAAAGAUUCCGACGGUGGCGCCGUUUAUGAUAACUUUCUAAAAUCUGCGCUGCUCACACAAGACGGUGGUGAAGUGGACAACAUGGAACGCAUCAAGGUGGAGGACAUUGCUGUUACCGAAGUUCAUGUGUUGACCGAUGAGCAGCUAUUCCAAGCAUGUGGCGGUCGGACAGCUCACAAAGGAGCACGCCAUGGACUCAACUUAAACGGCAAACUGGCGCGUUUGGAGCAACAGGAGCGCGAAAUGUUGGCCAAGCUUCAAGGAAAAGAGACAGUCACAGAGCCCUCUGAGAAGACAAACAAAAUUAAAAUGAAAAAGGAUAAAUGUAAAAAACCCGAUGUACAACAGCCUGAGAUGGAUCAGGAGUUAGAACCCGCAAAGAAGUCCAAGAAGCGGAAGUCAGACAUUGAGUGCACAGAGAGUGAGCCUGCAACGUUUGUCAAAUCGAAGAAAAAGAAAAAAAAGCACAAGCAAGCGGAGUAGUUGAUAUAUAGAAUAAACUUUUAUGUACAUAUGAAAUGUAUUUAGUUACAGUAAAUCUAAACAAAGGCAUUUAUAAAUCUAGUUUUUCA